CACCAAACUCACCUCCCCUGUCUUUAUUCUCCUUCUCCCAACAAAGUUUAAAUCUUUCCUUGUGAUUUCAAAUAUCUCUUGUAAAAUGGAUGUUACCCUUGGCUUGUUAGGUAAUUCUCCGGCCGUUGAUGAUGGUGGUGGAGGUGGAGUGCCGUCUGGUGGAUCAACCACCGCUAGGUCUAUCUUGACAGUAUCGAAGGAAGAUAACAAGAACAACAUGGUAACCAUGUCUGUUGAGGUUACUUCAUCGUACCCUGUUGUUGAUGAGAAUUUAGAUGAUCUUGAAUUGGGACUCGGGUUGAGUAUCGGAAUCGGUGGUGGUUUGAAGUCAAAAGCGGUGGUAGCAGGGCCUUGUUGGAAUCAAUAUGCAAGAAUCUUGACAGCGAAAGAUUUCCCUUCUUUGGUUUCGAAACCUAACUCUUCUUCUUCGUCUUCUUCAGUAAAUAUCCCAAAUUCAUCCACUUCUGGUUCCAAAAGAACCGCGGCAGAUUCUGUUUCUCCUCCUAAUGGUACCAGCGUCGUUGGGUGGCCGCCGGUAAGCAGAGCUCACCGGAUCCCUAGUUUGGCGAACAACUCCAAAUCACAAACCGAAGAACUUAACUCAAUACCCGAACAAAACAAAAACAAGAACACAACGAACAGAAUCAAGGAUUAUUCAACUGAAAGAAACGGGAUUUCCUACAAGAAAUAUCGUUCUGUAAAGGUGAACAUGGAUGGAACCCUGAUCGGAAGAAAAGUCGAUCUCAAUGCUCACACCUCAUACGAGGCCUUGGCUCAGACGUUAGAAGAAAUGUUCUGGGGAAGACGGUCGAGCACAGAAGCAGGAGGAUCUUCAAGAUUAUUGGACGGAACAUCUGAAUUUGUUCUAACUUAUGAAGACAAAGAUGGAGACUGUAUGCUUGUCGGAGAUGUUCCUUGGCAGAUGUUUUUAAGUUCCGUCAAGAGGCUUAGGAUCAUGAAAAAUUCCGAGUCUACAUCGAUUUCUGAUUUUCGAGCUGCGUUUUCUUCCCCGGUUCGAGUCUGCUUCCUUCGCAUAGUUCCCGUCACCGAAGACCGCCUGAAACGACGCCGUCCAGCCGAUCGCCGACGUCCCAGCAGCCUUGCAACCCCGUUUGUUUCGUCUCAGCAGCUUUCCCAGCAUUUUCUGUGCCCUAAAGUCCAAAAUCAGAAAUCGAUAACAGGCUGUGGUGAUGGUGGUAAAAUGUAGGAAUGGUGUUUGUGUGGGUGGUGUUCGGUGGUUCAGGAAAGAGUGAAGGGGGGUAAUGUUGGAUUUGGAUUAAUGGAUAUGGUGGCUGGAUAAUGGUUGAUGGUGGGUUGUAUACAAUAUUUGCAUACAGGUUGACUUGUGGUUUUGAAAGGAUUAUAAAAGCAGUUGAAGAAACAAGUAUUGAACUAUUGACAUUUGGCUAGGAAAGAAGGAUGCAGUGUAGUGUGGGGGAUAUUGUGUAAUUGUAGGUAGAUGAUUUAUAUAGAUUCAUUAUAUUUGUUGAAUGAAAGUUGAGUUUUGAAAGGAUGUAUUCAUGUAUCAACUUCUGUUGUGAAAUGUGUUUAGAUGUUUUUUGUUUGGUUUGUUG